AUGCUGGCAGCAAUUAAAAAGGAAAUUGGCACAGAAGUAACACAAGACACCAUGGAGACCUUCUUUAAGGAUCUAUUCCCAAUUGGUAACCCAUCAAAGAUAGUAGAUAUCCUUAUGAAAUCAUUAUCAGAUAAGUCACCAGAAGGAUUAUACGAAUUAAUCCUAUCCUGCAAGAAUAGUAAGAUAUACUUUGCCAAGUGGAUAUACAAGUGCAUAUUAAUAACAAAUGAAGAGAGUAGACUAAAUACAACAGAAAUUGAGAGUAGUAGACUAAAUACAACAGAGGAUACUAAUAAUAUACUAGGCAGUAGACUAAGUACAACAGAGGAUACUAGUGAAACAAAUAAUACACUAAAUACAACAGAGGAUAGUACUAGUAGACUAAAUACAAUAGAUAGCCCCAUAGACACACCAAGUACAACAGAGGAUACUAAUAGACUAAGUAUAACAGACCUUAAGAAUAGACUAAAUAUAACAAGAAAUAAGGAUAGUACACUAACUAUAACAGAGGAUACACUAAAUAAUAAUAAUACAACAGAGAGUGAGGGUAGUAGACUAAAUACAACAGAGGAUACACUAAAUACAACAGGAACUAGUACUAAUGAAACAAUUAGUAGACCAAACACACCAAAUACAACAGAAACUAGUAGUAAUACACUAAAUACACCAGAGAACACACUAAAUACAACAGAAAACACUACUAAUAACCCUAAUAUACACAAUAACCCUAAUAUACACAAUAACCCACUAAAUACUACUAACAUAUCUGCCUACCUAUCAGAUAUGACAGCCAUCUCAUCACAACCAUCUGAUAUUUCACUUCCCUCACAUUCAUCUGAUAUUUCACUUCCCUGUGAGGAUGCAUUCAUUAAUUUCUGUCUCUCUUCUCAUGCCUUCCUUAAGUCAUGGCGUGUUUUAAGACUGGCCACCCUGUGA